UAUUCUUGGUGUCAGUCACCCAAAAGCCACCAAGCCAAUUGUAUCGCCAAAAAAUAAAACGUUACCAGCCCGUGAUCCUCAUUAUCGAACCCCUUUGUUAUUGUUUUUGAUAUUUGGAAGCGAAUUGCACAUCUACGCCAAACGCGUUUGCCCGAUAUUCUAAUCAAAUCGAAAAUCAAGAUCUCGAAAGUUUGAUUAAACCAUGCGCGGCGCCCUAAUGGAUUAUUAUUUAAAAAUACUCUUCGUGAUUUGCGCUGUCCACGAAAUAUCCGGCGGGGUAAUAGCUCAAGCCAGGGAUGCAGCCUACAAAAAAUAUCUUUCCCUAAGAUCUCUGCCAUUCGAAGACUGCGGUUCUUUGUACCAGGUCAACUACCUAGAGAUCGAGAGCUGUACGACUCUACCUUGCUCCAUGGCCCGAAACGCGACCAUAAAGGUUACCGUCCGCUUCGAUGAUAAUGGCAACGGAGUCUCGUUUCUGAAGCAUGAAGUAAGAUGGGUGUUUAACUAUAUAAAGUCAAAGGCGGACAUAACUCCCGAUCCUUGCGAUGGGGAUCAUGAUUGUAUAAUGAGCGCGAAUGAUGGCAAAGCGUAUUGGGCCAACAUCUUUGUAAACUCAACUCUUCCGGUGAUGAAAGGAAGCAUGUUGUGGGAAUCCAAGGAUGCGAACGAUCAGAACCUAAUCUGCUUUCAAGUUCCCGUUGUAAUCACAGUGUAAAUGUGUAAUCACGAAAAUAAAGUAAUUGGUGCAUGCAAAUCAA